ACGGCAAAUGAAGAAGUGAGCUCUACUUUCAGUACGCUGCUGCCUCUCAGCGUACAGAGCAGCUUCCAGUGGACCAGUCUCUCUUUCAAUCCAUGUAUUUUCCUUUCCUUACGUCCAGUUAUCACACCUCCAGCCCAGUAGUUUUUAUUUUGAAUCGUUGUUUUUGGAUAUUCUCCAGGACGGUUUAAGGAAGCGAAGAAGAAGAAGAAGCAGAGGACUCAUUUCUCUUUUGCCUUCUUUCUGCUUGGAAGCUUUUUUCAAGAGUUAUUUUCUGCUGUUCGAGGAAACAUGAGCUUUUUAUUUGGAAACCGUUCCGCCAGGACGUUCAAGCCCAAGAAGAAUAUCCCGGAGGGUUCUCAUCAGUACGAGCUGUUGAAACAUGCAGAGGCGACGCUGGGGAGUGGAAACCUGCGUAUGGCAGUCAUGUUGCCUGAGGGCGAGGACUUAAAUGAAUGGGUGGCUGUCAACACGGUGGAUUUCUUCAACCAGAUCAACAUGCUGUACGGCACCAUCACAGAUUUUUGCACAGAGGAGAGCUGUCCAGUCAUGUCUGCUGGUCCUAAGUACGAGUACCAUUGGGCUGAUGGAACAAACAUCAAGAAGCCCAUCAAAUGCUCGGCUCCCAAGUAUAUUGAUUACCUCAUGACCUGGGUGCAAGACCAGCUGGAUGAUGAGACGCUUUUUCCCUCAAAGAUCGGUGUCCCCUUUAAACGAAACUUCAUGUCAGUGGCGAAGACCAUCCUGAAGCGCCUGUUCAGGGUCUACGCUCACAUCUACCACCAGCACUUUGACUCUGUCAUGCAGCUGCAGGAGGAGGCCCACCUCAACACGUCCUUCAAACACUUCAUCUUUUUUGUUCAGGAGUUCAACCUCAUUGACAGGAAAGAGCUCGUCCCGCUUCAGGAGCUGAUUGAAAAACUCACGACUAAAGACAGAUAAACAGCGAUGUAAUCCUUAUUUUAUUGGUCUUCUAGUUUUUUGCACAGAUACCCGCCCCCACCCUGGCUGUAUGUAUGCAGUAUAUACUAUAUUUCCAUUUGGGGAAAUGUUUUUAAUAAGGCCAGGAAGAAGGAAGGGUCUUGAUAGGUUUAAGGCACCAGGACUAAUGCAAUCAGGGAUUACACACUUAAUUGAACAUUUAAACCACAGAUUAACAUAACAGAGAGAAUAGUUUUAGCUGUACGGAAAGAUCCCCAGUAUUCAGUCAUGGCUUACAGUAAGGAUAAUAUAAACAUAUGUUCUUUAGUUUUCUAUUAAACCGCACUGAUGUUUUUCUUUCUCUUUGAUUUCAUCACGAGGCGUUUCUCUGCUCUUUAGAUUCUCACCCACAGCGUUUAGAGAAGUCGCUGUAUCAUAACAGGAGGGCUUUGUUGGUGUUACGGCAAGAACUGAAGCCAGCCUUUAAGCUAGUUUAACAAGUUAUUUUCACCGUUAUUCAACACAGAGGGAUCUGGGAUGCAGUUUGAUAUCUGUACUCACCCACAUCUGUGGAUACAAAAGAACCCUAAGUGCCUAGCAUGGCUCAUAAUUGCCCUAUAUCAACAGUGAGAGCUGUACAAACAUAAAGGCCAUAUAUAUACACCAAACUUGAUUCACAAACCAUUCAAUUUCACAUCCCGCCUCCCUUUAAGUUCUCUGCUUCUCGCGCCCAAUUUUCUAUUUGAGGUGUAACAAGACUCAAACAUUAUUUUCUCUGUUUCCUCACCGACCUUUGACCCUGUUUAGAUCGUCUCUUUCCAAGUGUUCUGUGAGGUUUUGAUAAAUGAAUGUGUUGAAAGACAGAGAAGAGAGGGUAGAUUUUUGUCACAGGACUUCAACUCUAAAGCAACAUGUUCCUGCGUACUAGUUUCCCACCAAAACUUUAAGUAGAGAUGCAUUUUAGAAAAAGUAUUCAAGGGAUCUAAAACCUUAAAUUGUACAUAAAUGUCCGCUCCUAGACGUAGAGACUUGUGUUUGAGAAGUCCACAGUUUCAAAGCAUUUUGAAUUGGAUCCUGCUGCAUCCCGUACUUAUCUCACAAGCCAUAAAGCACUUUGAACAAUUCUCCUGACCUCUCUCGCCUGAAUGUUUUACUCUGCAUAGACUGCGCUUUGUGAGAAGCGGCGUCAUGUGACUGAUCAUCGGUUCCCUUCCCCUCCGUCAUAUUUCCCCCCCAAAUGAAUGUUGAAUUGCUUAUCCUCCCGCUGCAAAUUGGCUUUAAGGCACAAGUGAGAUUUCUUCUGCUUUGUGUGUGUUUGUUGCCGCGCUUCAAAAACAGCAGAUGCAUGCCCCCCACCCUUUCCCCGGUUUCAAAGUGUAGUCUACUAUGCAAUAAUUGACACGACACUAAAAAGUUUAGCUCAUACUUUAAUAUCAGUUUUCCUUUAUAGUGCUUAAAUUCUGGUGUACGAUAGACUGCUUUCUUUGAGGAUUUGUGAACAUUUUAUAUAUCUUCUUAUCUGAAGUUUGUCAGAGAGGUGUAAUACUUUAAUGCACACUUGUAAAUACCGAGGGUUUGACCUGUUGGAGAAUCAGCGCGCAUGGAGUGGUAGCUUUCCGUUUAAAGAAUGCAUUGAGUCUUUUUAGAGGCUGCUCCCCCUCCCUUAUUUGGAUAUUAAAAUAUUGUUUGUUUGAAAUGUUGAGUAUUUUUUCCCUCCCACUUCCUUAGCUAACUAUUAUGAAUGUUACUGCUCACCAGAUAUCUGAAAAUGUAAUAGAAAAUCAGUCAUCCUGAACGCAUCUCAUCCUCAUGAAAUGCCCGUAACAUAGCCUAUUGCCUACAGUUUUUUCCUCCUUGACUGUAAUAAUUGAUGAAAUGUUUGUAAAUAAUGGCUUGGUAGGGGGUUUUCAAUGCUACUGAAUUGAUUUAUGCUGUUUACAAGGCAAAUAAAGGUGGUCUUGACUCUUUGAA